AUGGUGGAGGGUGAUGAAUAUCAAUCAAAUGAAGAAAAGAUAAAACGUUCUUUACAGGAGAUUUUUGAAAACCGUAGAAAGAGAGCGGAUUUCCAAGAACAUUUCACUGACGGAGAUUAUUCCUUUGAUUCAAAAGUUGUCUCACCUUCUGGUUCAGAUAUGUUGGAUAAAACGCGGGAGAGACGCCAUAUGGAGGGUGAAAGUUGUAUAAGGAGUCUCCAGCCACAGUUACUUGCUCCUCCACCUGCUAUGUCACGAAUGAUCGUGGAUGAUUUGGGUCCAAGUGAGGCAUCAGAUGUUUUGUUCAGGGGCAGUUUUAAAAACUGGCAGAAGGGUAAUGUUCUUGGAAGUGGUUCGCUUUGCACUGUCUAUGAAGGUUAUAACGAAUCUGGGUUCUUUUUCGCUGUGAAGGAGUUUUCUUUGCUUAAUGAAGGAAGAUGGAGAAAGCAGAUCAUUACUCAACUUGAACGGGAAAUAUCAUUACUAAGUCAGCUCGAUCAUGAGAACAUAGUUCGAUAUCUUGGAACAGAUAAAGAUGAUGACAAGAUAUAUAUCUUUCUUGAGCUUGUAACUAAAGGUUCACUGGCAAAGCUGUACCUAACGUAUGAAUUGCGGGAUUCCCAUGUCUCGGCAUACACCAGGCAGAUCUUGAGAGGUUUGAAUUACUUGCAUGAACGAAACGUGGUUCAUAGGGAUAUCAGAUGUGCUAAUAUAUUGCUUGAUGCAAGUGGGUCUGUGAAGCUUUCCGAUUUUGGAUUGGAAAAAGUAACCACAUCGAAUGAUAUUACAUAUAUCAAAGGGAGUCCAUAUUGGAUGGCACCUGAGGUUACUUCUAUUCUCUGAAUUGAGUUGUCUGUGGCUUUGGAGAUUUGGUUGUUGGGGUGUUGCGUCUUACAACUCUUGUGUGGAAAUCCCCCUUUUUCACCUUUGACCGGAGGGGUGCAAACACUGUUUAGAAUUGGCAGGGGUGAACCUCCUUUAAUUCCGAAAACACUGUCUGAUGAAGCCCAGGAUUUCAUAGCUAAAUGCUUGCAAGUCAAUCCAGAUGACCGCCCUACUGCCGCCCAACUACUGGAACACCCAUUCUUGAAGACCAACUUCAAGAACUCUCCCCAUGCUUCUGCAUACUAUAAAGCCUAUGAUGGCACACAGUUGUAG